GACUCGUCUCCGCUCGUUCGCCCAUCGAUGUCUGACUCCCUAAUAAACGUGCUCGUCUGCGGAUCCUGAAGCAACCUCCCUCAAAGCCCUCACCUCCUUCCGUCUCCACAUCGAUCCCGAGUUCGAUCUCCAGGGGGCGAACAUGGAGGCGUCCUCGUGGGACGCCCUUCGGAAACAGGCAAGGAAGCUUGAAGCUCAGUUGGAUGAGCAGAUGACUUCAUAUCGUAGACUGGUUUCGGCAAAACCUGAUGGCUCAGCAAAUGAACUAGAAUCUGGAAUUGAACAUUUACUGAAGCAACUCCAGCAUGUCAAUUUGCAGAUGCAAACUUGGGUUUCUUCUGGGGGCUCACAGAUUAUUUCUCAUACAUUGACACGACAUAAAGAAAUUCUGCAAGAUCUUACUCAGGAGUUUUUCCGUCUUCGCUCGAGUCUUAGAGCAAAGCAAGAACGUGCUUCACUUCUUCUCGACUUUAGGGAUUUUGACAAGGCAAAAGUAGACAUGGAAGAGGGUGCUGAUUCUGUUGAGCAUGCUUUGCUUAAAGAACAAGCUACUAUAAGUAGAAGUUCAGGGCAGAUGGAUAAUGUAAUAUCUCAAGCACAAGCUACCCUAGGAUCACUUAUUUUUCAGCGCUCCACAUUUGGUGGGAUCAACACAAAGAUAAGCAAUGUUAGCAGCAGACUUCCUACGGUAAAUCAUAUCCUAUCAGCAAUUAAAAGGAAAAAGUCAAUGGACACCAUCAUCCUCUCCCUUGUUGCUUCUGUUUGUACAUUUAUGAUGUUGAUUUACUGGUUGUCAAAGUGACUUGCAUCUUAAAACUGAUGCCUAUGAAAGAUCUGCCUAUAUAUUAAGAACAUACUCAUGUCUCAGAGAACAUGCACCCUUUUGUAACUUGUGUUGUACUUCACCCUGUUCAUUUCUACUAUUAAUUGUCCUGCAGAAGAGCAGAGUGUGUGUUAUGGAACA